AACCGCAAGGUCCGCAACGAUAAAUUAAGACAUUUUUCCAGAUUAGGUUUCUCACUCUCUCCUUGCUUCUGUCUGUGCUGGCGGCUAGGGUUUUUCUCUCUUCCCCUGACUCUGUUCAAGCUUCUUUUGUUACAGAUCUACAUACAUCUCUUUUCUAAAACCGAUGGAUGUGUUAUCGAGCUAGGGUUUCUGGUCGCCGUUUGGUGUGGGGGGUGGAAGAUCUUGAGAGAGGUUGGUUUGGGGGUUGGGUGUAAUUGGUGGUAACAGAAAUGGCGACCGUGAACCCUUUUGAUUUGUUGGGAGAUGAUGAUGCUGAGGAUCCAUCACAACUGAUUGCAGCUCAGAAAGCUGCUGUGUCCAAGAAGGAGCAGACUCCGGCUCAGACUAAGGCGGCAGCGGCAGCGGCAGUGGCACCUCCCUCUAAGCCUGCUAAGCUUCCUUCCAAGCCUCUUCCUCCAGCUGAGUCUGUGAGGGAGGCAAAGAGUGAUGCUGCACGUGGAGGUCGUGGUGGUGGACGUGGAUUUGGACGGGGACGUGGUGGUGUUGGUGGCAGGAAUAGUAGACGUGACUCUGUCAAUGAGGAAAACUCAUCUGGCAAUGUUGCAGUACCUGGCGGUCAAGGUGGACCUGAAGAUGGAGAGGCAGGGAAGCCCUCUGAAAGGCGUGGCUAUGGUGGCCCUCGUCCUUAUCGCGGUGGUCGCCGUGGUGGUUUCAGUAAUGGAGAAGCUGGAGAAGGGGAACGCCCUCGCAGGAACUUUGAACGCCAUAGUGGGACUGGGCGUGGAAAUGAGAUGAAACGUGAAGGGGCGGGCCGUGGAAACUGGGGAACCCAGGCAGAUGAACUUGCGGAGGUGACUGAGGAAGUUGCCAAUGAUGGUAAGAAUUUAAGUGAGGAAAAGCCCGCAGGACAAGAAGAUGCGGGAGAUGCUAACAAGGAGAGCCCUACAAAUGAAUCUGAAGAAAAGGAACCUGAGGAUAAGGAGAUGACUCUUGAGGAGUAUGAGAAGGUUCUCGAAGAGAAGAGGAAGGCCCUGGCAGCACUCAAGACUGAGGAAAGAAAGGUGGACACCAAGGAGUUUGAGUCCAUGCAGCAGCUUUCAAAGAAAAAGGGUGGUGAUGAUGUCUUUAUCAAAUUGGGCUCUGAUAAGAAAAAGGAGGCAGCUGAUAAGGAAGAGAAGGCUAAAAAGUCUGUCAGCAUUAAUGAGUUUCUGAAACCUGCCGAAGGAGAGAGGUAUUACAAUCCAGGUGGGCGCGGCCGUGGUCGUGGCCGUGGUCGAGGUUCAAGAGGGUUUGGUGGAGGCAGCGGCAUGAGUAAUGUUCCAGCCCCAAAAAUUGAAGAUCCCGGUGACUUCCCAACUUUAGGGGCUAAGUGAGAUUCUCAAGAAACUCAUUUCGAACUCUUUCAGUUUUUCUUUUUGCAUUUUUGGGUUCUUUAAAUAUUGGACGGGAAAUUGACUAGAAUAACAUGGUUUCCUGUAGCCAAAGGGAGUUAUUCAGUUUUAUGCUUUGAAAUGUAUAUUUAGGUGUUUCCUCACUUCCCCUCGUAUUGCCCGUCUAUUGGUAUGCUCUGGUCUUUCCCUUUUAGAAUUUGAAGUCAUGUGACAGUUAAUUUAUCACUAGAAACUAUUGUUGCUCAUUUUUUAUUUGGAAGAGAUGGAACCAUUUUGUUACUUAUUUACACCAACAUGAUGACUAACACGAUGACUUCUGGGGAGGCAGUCCCGCACCUUCACCGUACGCUCUAAUACUUGCUUGGUUGCAGUGGGAAUGCUGUGAUAUGCUUUUGCCAGGAGUGUAUUUGAAAUUCUGAAAUUCUGGCAUAAGAAUGUAUAUCAUCGCUUUCGAGGAACUGUAUUCAAUUCACCAACACAACGUGGUGUGCUGAAUCGAAGGCAUUUCCACGCCUUAUUGCCUAUGGUUGACAUGAGAAACUGGUGUAAUGUCUAAUCUAGGUUGGGACAAAAUGUAAAACAGUU